ACGUGACUUUUCGUCAUACAAAAUGGCGACGACCAUGCAACUAGCUGGGGCCGUGGCUAGCGGUGAUAUUUCGUCAGUUCAUCAGUUACUUGUGCAAGGAGCCAAUGUUAACGGCCUCUCGCCUGACGGCAUGAGUCCCCUGGCUAUUGCAUCAUUCUGGGGCUAUGCAGACAUAGUGGAGGAACUACUCAAAGCAGGAGCAGACAUCAACAUCCUCAACAGGGGAACACUAUGGACACCCCUUCACUGUGCUUCAUUCCAAGGUCAUGGCAAGGUCAUUCUGAAACUGAUGCCAUAUGAACCUGAUCUGUAUACAACAGACAACCAGGGCAGAACUGCAAUAGACUUUGCAUCAGCACUAGAUUCCAUAUGGCCGUUCUUUGCUGCUGCUGGGUGUAAGAGAACACCGAAGUCAGACCUGAUUAGAAUGGAUGUCAUCAAGAAGGUGUCCCCAGUAGAAAGUGGUUUCCCAGCAACAGACUACAUCCGGUUCCAGUCCUCUCGACCAGGAUCUGCCUAUGUCAUGAACUCUCAACCCUUGGCCAACACACACUAUACAGAUAGGAAAAUGGUAUAUGCAUCAGUGACUGGGGACGUACUUGCUGCGACACCUGAUGAUGCAUUGCGGGACAGGCGAAUACAGGGGUCAGUGUGGAACAACUGACACUCGGCAGAAUCCAACCCAAAUUUCACACCCGAAUAUUAGUGAUCCCUUAAAACUCAAUUUGGCCAGACUGCAUUAAGAAGUCACGUUGACAGUGCCAGAUGUGGGGCAUUUGCAAUCAGAAAAAUGUCAAUACCUCAGAUGUGAGAAAUCAGUUUAACAUUACUAUCAGAAUACCAGACAGCAUUUACAGACAGUAUUAUGUUUUCAUGUUUUCAGAGUGUUAUUUACAACUUUUUUAUGUAUUAUUUUCUGAAGUAUCAAUAUAUUCCAUCAGUGAUGAA